UUCGAUCGAAUGCGUUUGUGUGUGGAUCAACUUUGAAAAGUCGUGCCUCGGAUAUAUAUCUCGCCUCCGUUAUCGCGCGCGUUUCCGAUACAUGUAACGCGGACCUUUCGUCGACGAACAGCCCGGAGACAUGGAAGAGACAUGUCUGGAUGAGGGACCUGCGGUAAAUUUCGAAAGAGCCACCCUAGAAAUCGCCAAUACCGACCCUGUCACUGUCAGACCGUCCGCGUCGGCGGAGAGCGCGGAUGACGCGUCGAAGCAGCAUUCGGCCUCGAGAGACGUGUGCAACGUGCCAUUCAAGCAUAUAGACGUUCAUACAUUUUUCACUGACAGGAACGAGGUCGUGGAAAGGGCGAUAAGCGACUGUACGGAGAAACUGAUAAACCAAAACAAUGACGAGCUCGUAGGAAGUUGGCUUCUGACAGAGAUAAGUCUGUGGGACACGGAAAAGGAAAGACUCGUAUUAUUGGCGACGAAAGCCCUUUACUCUAUAAAGUACGACUUUAUUUCUCUAAAGAUACUGGACUUUAAUCGCAUACCUAUAUUGCUGUUUGAUACGGUAGUUACGGGGGAUUUGAUUUAUCCAACCUCGUCUCUUGCACCACGAUUAAGCGGAUUAGCAGAAGGCGUAUCGUCUAUAAUUCAUUGUGCAGUGCGUCAGGAAUUGUCGUCUAUCGCAGGUUGCUCUAAUCUUGCUCAAUUUGAGCCUAGGAAGCGGCAUUUGUCGGGAAUAAGACUUAUGUGGAACGGAGGGCAACCCUUGCCUCUUAUAAAAAAGUGGAAUCCGUUCGCGAGAGGUAUACCAUGGCUCACGUACGCUAGUCACCCAUUGUUCUGGUACAAAGAUGGAACCGAGAUUGUUAAAACGAGAUUUGACAUAGAAGCCUUCAAUACUACGCUCAAAAGUUUAUUACCUCGUGAAUGCAACGUUGUUAACAUGCCGAUCAUCAUAGAGAAUUAUUGCGGUCUCGGUGCCUUAGUGCACAAUAGAAACGGCUUAGGUUUCUUUAAAGUACGCGGCAAAGUCAGUUUCUAACUUCUCUGAUCUCAUAGAAUUGCAAAUGUUGCAAGGUAUUUCUCUGAGCUUAAUAUUUUUCCUCGCUUCUAGAAUUUUUUCUUAUUAUACGUGUUUCGGUUUCUUGUACAGUAUUACUGUAGAACAGCAACACAAUCAUAAUGUAAUUAAUAUUGCAACACAAUCUUGUAUGAUAAAUAAGUAUAUAUAUGUAUAU